AUGCCUAGAUGUUACAUAAGCUCUGUGCGGCCUCGGCGGGAACCUUUUACUUAUGAAACAGAAGAACUUAAGCCGACACGUGUACCAAAACAUCCAAAUAAGAAACAGAAGAACUUGUUAAAACUUAACGAAACAAUAUAUCACGACAAAGUACCGAUAUCUACUCGCUUCUACCUUCAGCUAUUAAAGAAGAGCCAAUUCAUACAACACUUCAUAGACACGGAGACGUAUGAUUACGCUUCAGAAAGCGAGAAACCAGUCAUUAAUCCAGAACCGAAGAAGAAUUUCCAAAAACGUGACGAAAAAAUCUACAACUUAAGAUCAAAUAAAGCGAAGAGCGAACGAAAGACAUUCGCAGAAAUAAAAACUAGAAAGUGCAAACGUACAAAGCAAAUACCUCUUCCGCUAAACGUUGACACAAUAAAGGACAAAAAGGAACCGCUAGCACCAAUUAUCGAAGAAAUAAAAAACCGUGAACCAUUAAAAAAUAAGCCGGUCAAAGGUUCGGAAAUUGAUAAAAUAGCUGAGAAAUUGAAGAGUUUAGUCGAAAGCAAUGCUGACGAGAAACUGAACAAUGAACUAUUGUUCUGCAAGGAGUCCUUCGACAUGGAAAAUGAACGACCGAUUACAGAAGAAAUAAAAGUCGUUUUAACGGUAAAAGAAGAUAGCCCGAAACCUCGUGAAUGGGAGCCUCGUCCGCGCCCUAACCACGUAUGCUCGUACUGCGGUAAGGGGUUCGACAGACCCUGGGUUCUGAAGGGUCACCUCCGACUUCACACUGGGGAACGACCCUUUCCUUGCCCUCAUCCUCACUGCGGCAGGACUUUUGCUGAUCGAUCUAACCUUCGCGCCCACCAGCGCACUCGAGGCCAUCACUCGUGGCAGUGGCGUUGCACCCACUGCGGGAAGGCUUUUAGUCAACAUCGUUACUUGGAGCGACACCGAGCUGAUGCCUGCCGAAAGUACAAAAUGCAUACCAGGAGUGCACACGUCUCAUGUACAUUGAAAAUAUCUGAAGUACCUCAACCAGUGCCAUUGUAUGGGUUCAUUUGUAACAACCGAACUACAGACAAACCGGAAAGUAUAGAGUACGAAGAGGGGCCCAUAGACCUCUCCAUGAAGAAACGAGAUUUAACUGACAUCGUUUGA